AUGAAGCUUCCAACAUUUUUAUCCGUCUUUUUUUAUUUGGCACUUUUACUGUCAAUCGCAGAAGCGGCCCCCAUUUUUGGUCUUUGGGGUAGCGAACCUGUACUAGAUGUUUAUGACAAUGGAGUUGAGCAUGCUACGUUCACUCUUGCCGAUGCGCCAAAAUCGGAGCAGAAUACCGGCUCUUUGUUGUCUCGAUUCCCGAUUUUCGACACGCUCCUCCCGUGGGGAAUUACCAAAACAGAGACCGACGACAUGAUGAGCAUUUAUACUGCGCUUUCCGAACCUGAAAAGGAAAUAUUCGUCAAUACUGUUCAUGAGCAAGUCGAGAAGUCAGGCGGGAAGGCUAAGUUUAGUUGGAAAAGUUUCUUCAAGCGCUUCUGGAGUUGGGCAAGUGGGCUGUUCAGCUCGUGGGGUAAGAAAAAAGAUAAGGUUGUUUGA